AUGAAGGCCAUCGUGUUUGGGGCUCUGCUCGCGCGGACCCUGAACGCUCAGACUGUUUCCACGAGUGUAGCUGCCACCGUCUCCCCUUCGCCAAUCAGCGAUGUCUCAUCUUCCUCGAACCUAGGAGCUGCGAUCGAUGCGUUUCCCACGACUUCCCCAACUGGGGCAGAUCUUCCUGGUUUUGACUUUCCGACGGGCCCAAGUCCGUCUUCUCCCCUAGGCGGCGCAGUGCCAUUUGGAUCUGAUCCAACAUCUACCUCGCUACCAGUCGGCACCAAUGAUGUCGUCCUUUCAACGCUGUCAUCCACCAGCACCGCCCGUUUCGGUGGCGCCAUUAAUUUUGGGGGCCUUCGCUCAUCGCCCACUCCCGCAGACACCACUCCCGGCAGUGGUAUCAUUGCGGGUGCUAUCCCUACGACGUCCCCGGGCGGAGGUAGCGGUGGUAGCGGUGUGGCCCCGCUUGAGGCCUCGGAGUCGCUCUCCAGCUCAGUCUUGCCAAGCUCAAACGCGGCUAUUGUCCCGCCUGGACCUGGGGCGGCCGCUGCACCCCUUGUUGCCCCAGAUGCGUCUGGAUCUUCUUCGGGAGGCAGUGCCUUCAGUCCCCUCGCUGCCGACGUUCCUAGCGCACUUGGCGCGGGUACUCCCGGGAGUGGCGCAUCUGGAAUGUCCCCCUUUGGCAUGAUGGGCGGCGGGGGUGGCGGCUCAGGCAUGGGACCUGGGGCAUCGCCAGGGUGGGGCGGCGGAGAUAACGGCUGGUAUGACGGUCAGGAUGACGACGAAGACGACGACGACCACUUCGGCAAGAAGAAGAAAGGCGGGAAAGACGACAAGAAGCCCAAGGGUCACGAUUCAGACAGCUCAGAUGACGAAUGCCCGAAGUAUUGCCUCUCAGAUUCAGAAGAUGAGAAACCAUACCCUGGCCACAAGCAGCCUCCUAAGAAACCCACGAAGCCUUGGGGCUCGAGGCGCCGUCUCCGCACCCGUAGGAACGUUGACAUCGCUCUCGACAAUGCCGCAGGUGUAAACCGCGCCGCUGCUCCACCAUCUUCAGGCGGGAUGGCAGGCUUCGACUGGCCAGAAUCUCAGAAUGGUGGCGAUUCUCCCUCUUUCUCCGGCAAUGCCCAGGGUGUGGGCAUGGGAAUGUCUCGAGGACCUGGCGAUGAUCCUUUCGGCCACGACUCGCCAUAUGACAAAGGCAAUGACUAUGGCGACGAUGAUGACGAUGACCUUCCCGACUGGCUGAAGGAUAUGAAGAAGAAGCCUGGAAAGAAGGAUGACAAGAAGGAUGACAAGGACUACAAGAAGAAGGGUGACAAGAAGGACGACAAGAAGAAGCCUAAAUGCCCCAAGAAAUGCUACAAGCACAAGGGUAAAGGCAAGCCCGAAAAGCCAGAAAAGCCAGAAAAGCCAGAGAAGCCAGAGAAGCCAGAGAAGCCAGAAAAGCCCGGAAAGCCUGACAUGUCUAAGCCUGGGAUGCCCAAGCCUACCGUAGUCACCGACGCCCCGACCAGCACCAAGACCAGAACCCGAACCAGAACGACUGAGACCUACGUUCCCCGGCCCCACAUCGACGAGGCGGAGACGUCCCCCGCUGUAGAGGCAGUCACCGAGCCUACACCACCACCGACUACCCUGAUCACGACUACCACGAGCUCUGAAGACUCCGGCCCUACUAUCGAGAGCGUUCCCGGUGGCCACGUCGAUUCGGGUGAUACCUGGACCGGCAGCACGCUCGCGGGCCUCUGCCCAAAUACGUGCAAUCCAUUCAACCCAUCACUAAACAAGUGCGACAUUACUACCAGCUGCGCUACCGCCGGCGGCAGCAAGUACUACUGCGCGUGCAGGGCCGGCUACAGGGCGAACGACUGGAACGCCGCGGACUUCUCAAAGCAGUUCAGGAUCCCAAACCUGGGGCGCGUCUAUGUGGCGGUGGGCUUGAAGUGCGACACUCUGUGCAAGGAUUCGUCGUGCAGUGAGGUGUUGGCGCGGACGCAGUGUGUGUGAGCGGGGUGAGGCACGAGGGGUGAGGCGGAUCGGUGCAUGAUGUGGUAAG